GUCGUUUCAAAACACAUUAAGUGAUUUCCACAAAGCAUACAAAAGACUGUUGAAAUCGGAAUGAAGAACAGAGUGUGGUCAUUGCUCAUUGGCGUUCAGCUUAUACGAUCGGCUUACUCCUACCGUUACGGUCAUGGACCUCCCGUAGAACAGUUCGAAGUAUCAAACUCAUCCGGGGACCCGCUGAUUUUAACCCCCUUAUUAGAAAAUAAUCAAAUUCAAGAAGCCCAACAGGCCGCACAAGUGAACUACUCCGGAUUUCAAGAUAUUGUCAGCUACGCGGCUUAUUUCACAGUCGACAAUGUCCACAACUCUAAUCUCUGGUUUUGGUACUUCCCGUCUGAAAAUGAUACCAAAAAUGACCCAGUGGUUCUAUGGUUACAGGGUGGACCUGGAUCAUCGAGUUUAUUUGCGCUGUUCACAGAAAACGGCCCUUUCAAAGUGGAUGCCAAUUUGAACGUGAGCAUUAGAGAAAUUCAUUGGUCUAUCUCCCAUUCGGUCCUUUACAUCGACAAUCCUGUCGGUACAGGAUUCAGUUUCACUAAUGACGACGGAUACGCUCAAAACGAGACCAAAGUCGGCAGCGAUUUGUACAGCGCGCUAGUACAGUUCUUCACGUUGUUUCCCGAUCUUCAACAGAACGACUUUUACAUUUCCGGCGAGUCUUAUGCUGGAAAAUACGUACCGGCGCUCGCUCGUACCAUUCACCAAAAUAACCCAUCCGCUACCCUCAAAAUUAAUUUGAAGGGGCUGCUGAUAGGCAAUGGAUGGACCGAUCCAGUCAAUCAGUUAGAUUACGGCGAGUACCUUUAUCAAGCCGGAAUUUUUGACGUACACGACAAGGCGACCAUGGACGGAUACGAGGCAGAGGCAAAAAGGCUUAUAGAGGCUGGUCAAUUUGUAGACGCUGUUAACUACACGGACAACCUUAUUUUAGAUGCUAUAUCAAACGUCGGAAUUGCUGACAUUUACAAUUACCUGAAUAUUGAAGCUGAUCCCAACGAACGCAAGUACGAGCAAUUCGUUCAAACUGUCGUACGCGAUGAAUUGCACGUCGGCGGUACAGUGUUUGAUAACGGCGACAAUGCUUACGACAAUCUAAAAAACGAUAGCACUCAAAGCGUAGCGCCUUGGGUUGAAGAACUACUCUCGGAAUAUCCGAUACUUUUGUACAGCGGGCAAGUAGAUACUGUGUGUCCGUAUCCCCUAAUGGUGAAUUACAUCCAAAAACUGAACUUCAGUGCUGCCCAGGAGUAUCAAUCCGCCCUGCGGCAAAUUUGGACCAUCGAUAGCGACGUUGCCGGAUAUAUAAAAACGGCUGGCAAUUUGACUGAACUUUUUGUUCGCGAUGCCGGUCAUUAUGUCGCAAGGGACCAGGCAAAAUGGGCGCUAAAUUUCGUUACUAGGUUUACGAGAGGUCUGCCUAUACAAGAUGACGAUAAUUAAACAUGUAAAGCUAGAUUUAAGUAAACUUUAU